AUGCCUAGAAAAAGAACUCAGCUUUCUAGGCAGACUGCUACUGCAAAGCGAUUGCGACUUCUACGCAGCAAUGAAACACCCGAAGAAAAUCUGCACAGGUUGGCUACUCAACGAGCGAUCAGUGAACAAAACCGUUUUAGGGAAUCGAGUGUUGAACGUUCGCAGCGGUUAGUCUCACAAAAUAUCCGUACUUCGGCGAAUCGACAACGGGAAUCAAGUGCUGAACGUUCUCAACGUUUAGCCGCACAAAAUUCCCGAACUUCGGCAAAUCGCGAGCGGGAAUCAAGCGCUGAACGUUCUCAACGUUUAGCUACACAGAAUUCCCGCACUUUGGCAAACCGGCAACGGGAAUCAAGCGCUGAACGUUCUCAACGUUUAGCUACACAGAAUUCCCGCACUUUGGCAAACCGGCAACGGGAAUCAAGCGCUGAACGUUCUCAACGUUUAGCUACACAGAAUUCACGCACUUUGGCAAACCGGGAACGGGAAUCAAGUGCUGAACGUUCCCAUCGAUUAGCACAGCAAAAUGCACGAACAGCAGGGAACAGAACUCGCAGGCAAUAUAAUUUAUUGAAUUCAGCAUUUGCUUAUGAUUAUACCCUUGACUAUGCUGAGCUAAAUGGUACUAAUAUUUGCAGAAUGAAUAAAAUAUGUAAUUCAUGUCAAGCAAAAAAAUGGCCGGCUGAAGCUCCUGGACUGUGUUGUAGUGGUGGCAAAGUAAAUAUUCCUAAAAUUCCAGCACCAACGUCAAUUCUUAAAGAUCUAAUAUCAGGCUCACAUCCAUCUUCUAAGCAUUUCUUAAAUCACUCUAGACAAUAUAAUACUCUGUUUCAGAUGACUUCAUUUGGUGCCAAAGAAAUUCGUGAAGGAAAAUUUAUGCCCACUUUUAAAGUCCAGGGGCAAGUUUACCAUCUAAUCGGUAAUUUACUUCCACCUGAAGGCGCACAACCCGAAUUUUUGCAAAUAUAUUUUAUUUCCCAUACAGAUCAGGUAUCUUUACGCUCAAAUUUAAACCCAACGUUAAAAACCGAUCUUAUCGACGCUCUCCAAACAUAUCUUCACGAGCACAAUACUUAUAUUCAAAGUUUUAAAUAUAAUCUCGAAAACAGACCAACGAAUGAUUUUAAACUUAUCAUUCAUGCUGAUGUGAAACCUCCUAAUGAACAUCGAGGUCGAUAUAACGCGCCCAUGGUAGAUGAAGUAGCUGUUCUUUUAAUAGAUGAAGACAAAGGUCCCCGAGAUAUAGUGUUAAAUACCAGAGACGGGCGCCUUCAGCGAGUUUCUGAAAUACAUAGAUCUUAUGACCCACUUCAAUAUCCUUUACUGUUUCCCUUUGGAAAUGACGGAUAUUGUAUAAAUAUUCCACAGCAAAAUACUGCUGCUAGAUCUAAAACAAUAUCAUGUAUGCAGUUUUAUGCAUUUAGACUCAUGGUGAGAAUAAAUGACUUUAACAGCAUACAUUAUUUCAAAGGAUUAUUUAAUCAAUACUGUGUUGAUAUGGCGGCAAAAAUGAUUUAUGAGAGGCUUGACUUCAUAAAAAGAAAUCAAAAAAAAUUAAGAGCAGAAGAGUACAUUCAUUUAAGAGAUGCCGUGGUUAAUGAUGGCAAUGUAGACGCUUCUAAUGUUGGCCAGCACGUUAUAUUGCCAUCGUCAUUUACAGGAUCUCCUAGAUACAUGAAUGAAAAAAGUCAAGAUGCCAUGAUCUAUGUUAGGAAAUUUGGAAGACCAGAUCUCUUUAUAACAUUCACAUGUAACUCCGAAUGGCCAGAAAUAAAAAUUGAGUUACUACCCGAUCAAAAUUCUUACGACAGACAUGAUUUGAUUUCUAGAGUAUUUCAUUUAAAACUAAAAAAAAUGAUAGACCUAUUAACGAAGAAAAAUAUAUUUGGACCAUCGAAAGCCUUCGUUUAUAGUGUAGAAUGGCAAAAAAGAGGUUUACCUCACGCUCACAUUUUGUUGUGGCUGGCUAACAAAGUGCAACCGGAUUCCAUAGAUGCAAUAAUAUCGGCUGAAAUACCUGACAAACAACAAGACCCAAUGCUUUAUAACAUUGUCAUAAAAAAUAUGAUACAUGGGCCUUGCGGAUUUCACAAUCCUGCGUCACCAUGUAUGAAAGAAAACGUUUGCUCUAAAAAAUACCCCAGGCAGUUUAUUUCUGAAACACAAACCGGGGAUGACGGUUACCCAACCUACAAGCGCCGUUCACCAGAUAAUGGUGGAAACACCGCAAUAAUUCGUGUCAAAGGUACAGAAAUGAGAGUGGAUAAUAGGUGGGUUGUUCCCUAUAACCCUGUGCUAUCACGAAGUUUCAAUGCACACAUUAACGUAGAGUUUUGCCAAUCGGUCAAAGCCAUUAAGUACAUCUGUAAGUAUAUCCAUAAAGGUUCUGAUCAAGCCACAUUUUCGUUACAAAAUAAUAACGAUGAAGUAGAAAAAUAUUUAAAUGGUCGCUAUAUAAGUUCCUCGGAAGCACUGUGGAGAAUUUUCCAAUUUCCGAUUCAUGAACGUUUUCCGGCAAUAGUUCAUUUAGCAGUUCAUUUAGAAAAUGGACAAAGAGUUUAUUUUUAUAAUAAUGAAAAUCUUCAAUAUCGCGUCAACAAUCCUUCAUCAACGACACUUACAGCGUUCUUUGAUCUUUGCAAAAGAGACGAAAACCCUUUUAUAUCACGAAGUACCCCAGUAUUACGUAUGGAAAAGAAAUUCAUUUUCUAG